AUGCACAAAUGCCAUAGUUGCUCUACUCACAUUUUUCUGGCCACCGUCGCUACUGGUGCUCUAUUAUGGAUGGCUCUUCAAACUGACAUUUUCUCGGAGCCGGUCCUAGCCCUAAAAAUCACAAAAUAUCUUCACUACCAGUCAGCAAAGCCAAUAUUCCGGAAACCAGAUUAUUUGGGACAUAUCUAUUGUCAACGAUUAUUUCAAGGGGAUGAGAAAUAUAUAAAUGAUCUACUAUACCCGAAUAUAUUCACUAAAUGGACCAAACGGAUAAGAUGGUGGCUCGGAGAGAAGAUGAUACCAAGGAUUGUGGCUCGGGAGCUACCAUUCGAAAGUUCGUGCCGCAAACUUCGAUAUCGAAUAAUUGGCCCUUAUCCGGCACCGAUUUUGAAUUAUUCUAUAGCUUUUGCGAGGAAUGUGUAUACGGACUACGAAUCUCUGGAAAUUCUCCUCUCGGCCACGUACAGCCCCGAAAAUCACUAUUGCUAUCAUGUCGAUCUCAAAUCACCUCAAAAAUUCAAGGAUCAAAUCGCUAAAUUAGAAGAGUGCUUUCCGAACGUUUAUUUGGUUAAAGAGAAUUACAACACGACAAGUGAAGGCAAAAACAAUAAUGCCGCCCAUAUGAAGUGUAUGGAGAUUUUGCUAGAAAUGCACGGGUGGGAACACCUUAUUUUAUUGCAGGUAAUUUUGGGCGACGAAACGCUUCAAGACAUUUUUCCGGCCCACGAUUUAGUGGCACAUACCAAUUCUGAGCUGAUGAAUAUGCUAAAGCUGCUAAACGGCACCAACGAUUCAAAUAUUGACCAUAUGAGAUGGAGACGGGUACAAUCCGGCAUCGCUCCAAACCUUCAGGAUUUGAAUUUUUGGACUAACUAUACAACUCUAACCCUGGAAGAACGCAAAAAUGCCAAACUCGAAUUUGCCAGGGGACUCGAAGAGGCGACGUAUAUAAGAGCAGCCGUCCAUUGGCUAGUAAAAGAGAUCAACGUCACGACGCUGAUGAAUUAUUUUAAUGAUGGGCAUUCCCAAGUGGAUGAGCAGCUAUUCGCAACUUUGCUCAAUUCGGAAACUCUUCGAAUGCCAGGGGGAUAUCAUAGUUCAUGUCUCAACAAUAGUAAUCAGGACGACUUCUUUACUUAUAUAACAAGACACACUCGAUGGUCAUUUAAUAAACAUAAAAACUGCAAUAAUCGACAUGGAAUAUGUGUGUAUGGAAUUGAGGAUUUGAACGAGGCUAGGAUAAAUGCUCGUCGAGUGAUUUCCCUCAACAAAUUCCUUGGCUCCUUCGAUUUUGCAGCAAUUGUUUGUAUGGCAGAGAGUCUAUUCAAUCGAACACAUUACGGGGAUGAAGCUUUUGAUGUUCAACAUAUUGCCAAUCACUCUGGGAAUCGAUAUCAACGCGCCACCCACCAGCCGGGUUUUGAUCUCAACAAUUUCACUUGUAAAGGCAUU